AAUCAUGUCUACCCUUUUCUGAAAUCCAAAAAAUUACUACACCUUUUACACUGGAUAAAGGCUGUAAGAAAACCUCCUUUCUUGAAAUCUCGUAACCUUUUUUCUUCUACAUUCUUGUCUGCAUUGCAUUUCUAUCUUACUUCAUCUCAGGGUUUUGAUUAUUAUUGCAACAUUUCAAGAUGAUGAUAAAUUUUUACUGCUUCCAAUGGAUAAUUGCUUUGGGGUUUGUGCUACUUGCUGCGAGUGUUUCUUCCAAGAAUCAUGGAAAUCAAGCAAAUAACCUUGUUGACAUGAUCAACAACAACCGGACAUCAAAAAGACUUCCCCAGUUAAACAACAGCCCUGGUCUUGGCUGCAUGGCCUUGCAAUACAUAAAAGAAUGCAGAGCCAACUGCAGUCAAAACAACACAGUGAACUGUAAACCGCCAGAAAGCGACUUCACAGAAAUAUUUGCUCCAGAUUGUGGGGUCGAGCUUCCUACAUUUGGCACAAUCUCGGGAAUUAUUGUAGGUUGUCAACAGAAGCAUCUCGACCUUCUAGAAGCCUUCUCACGCGUACUCAUCAACAAUAACAGAACUUUGUCCCUUAUAAACAACAAGACACAUACUGAAGUUGGAGUUGGGAUUAUACGGGCAAAAAGACAUAAAGGUCCCUACUUUUGGUGUGCUUUAUUUAGCAGCAAUGAAAGAAACACUUCUUUUGUUCUUGAAGAUCUUGGCAAAGGGAUUGAGCAAAAGGAAGGGUGUUAUAGUGGGACUGGGAUUUCUUGCAGCUCAGGGGAGCGAAACAGUUAUUUUGUAUUUGUGACCAAUUGUGUUUGGACAUUGAUUUUUUGUUUUCUUGUAGUAGGUAAAACUAGUUAAGUUGAAUGAUCUUAAUUUGAAGUAUCUGUCUUUCAUUAGACUACAAGAACAUUGGAAA